AUGCGUGGAUUUACGGCGGUGGCUUGUUUUUUUGCUGCGGCUGUGUUGAUCUCCCAAGCACAAGCAAAAGCAAAGUGCCCCGUCACGAACCCCAAGAGCUCCAAAUGCUGGUGCAACGCCUCCAUGAAAGUACCCAGGAUGGUAGGCAAAUGCGACAGCACUCAAAAGCAGAACUUCCACCAAAGCGCGCAAAACGCCAAGAACAAUGGGGCCACGUUCUACCUCUGUUGCGACAAAGCCAGAGCCAAGUCGUACUGCAUGACCAUCGCCGAAGCCCAGGCCUGUCGUUGGGAACAAGGGAUUGCGUUUUAUCCUUGA